AUGUCUGAAAAACCGCUUAGCCAUGCCUCUUCGAUUCUGAUUAUUGGUGCUGGGACUUGGGGAUGUUCAACUGCGUUGCAUUUGGCUCGUCGGGGAUAUACAAAUGUCAAAGUGUUGGAUCCCUACCCAGUCCCAUCAGCAAUUGCUGCGGGCAAUGACGUGAAUAAGAUCAUGGAACACAAGGAACUCAAAGACGUGAACCCCGAUGCGAGAAGUCUCGCUUUUACAACUUGCAGUCGAGCGGCAUUAAAGGGUUGGAAAACCGACCCCGUAUUUCAACCAUAUUUCCACGAAACAGGAUUCAUUGUCUCGGGGCACACCCCAGCUUUAAUCCAGCAUAUCAAGGACGAAGAGAUCGAUCCAUCCGAUGCAGAGUUCAUUUCGCUCGAGACAGCGGAAGAUUUCCGCAAAACAAUGCCACCCGGUGUCUUGACUGGAGAAUUUCCAGGCUGGAAAGGAUGGUUCAGCAAGAGUGGAGCGGGUUGGAUCCACGCCCAGAAAGCAAUGAUCUCGGCGUACACUGAAGCCCAACGCCUGGGAGGAAAAUUUAUAACGGGCACGCCCGAGGGCAAAGUUGUCACUUUGCUUUACGAAAAUGGCGAUGUAGUGGGAGCCCAAACAGAGGACGGAGUCUGCCAUCGUGCCGAUCAUACCAUAUUGGCCGCGGGCGCUGGGAGUGAUCGACUGCUUGAUUUCAAGAAACAGUUGCGCCCCACUGCAUGGACCUUGAGCCAUAUUAAAAUGACUGCAGAAGAGGCAAAGCUAUAUCGAAAUCUUCCAGUCUUAUUCAAUAUCGCAAAGGGAUUCUUCAUGGAGCCCGACGAGGAUAAACAUGAGCUUAAGAUCUGUGAUGAACACCCCGGAUACUGCAAUUUUGUUUUCGAUGCUGCACAUGAUGGAGAGACGCGGAGCAUACCAUUCACAAAGCAUCAAAUUCCCUUGGAAGCCGAAGCCCGAGCUCGAGAUUUCCUCAAGGAUACGAUGCCGCAUCUUGCAGAUAGGCCCUUCUCCUUUGCAAGGAUUUGCUGGGACGCUGAUACACCCGAUCGUGCGUUCUUGAUUGAUCGUCAUUCCGAGUAUCACUCUCUCCUGGUUGCGGUGGGCGGGUCGGGGAAUGGAGCGAUGCAGAUGCCGACCAUUGGCGGUUUUAUUUCCGAUGCUUUAGAGGGAAAUCUACAGAAAGAACUAAAACAUGUUGUAAGAUGGCGCCCCGAAACGGCAGUGGAUCGAGAUUGGCACUCUACGCAGAAUCGAUUUGGAGGGCCCGACAGGGUCAUGGACUUUCAGAAGUUGAAAGAAAAUGAAUGGACUCGGAUAGAAGAGAGUGAAUCGAGUAAGCUAUAG